GCAGCUUCCUAUAGUAUAUAUGUAACCUCACCUCGGCCAUUUGCUAUACAAACUGGACCAUCGCAAUUACCGCCAUGAUGACUAGCACAUCCAACCCGCCAACCAACUUCUCCAUUUCCACCGCCCGCCUUAAUAUCACCUACUUCGACCCGACCAGCCCAUUUCACAGCGCCUUCCUCGCUCACCUCUGGAACACCCCCGACUUCAUCGCCAGCAACGGCAAAACCUCCAUCACAGACAGCCAUUCCGCCCAGACCUUCAUUCAGACCCGGAUCAUUCCCCAAUACACCCGCAAAGGAUUCGGCCUCCUCCUCGUCAACCUCAGGCCCACCUCCAACUCACCUCAUCAAAACACCCUCCCGAUUGGCACCAUAAGCCUCAUGCAAGGCGAUCCACCAAAUUGCUACUCUGCACCAGAUGUUGGAUUCGCUAUUCUUCCAGAGCACCAAGGGCGAGGAUACGCGACUGAGGCAGCGAAGGCGGCCAUUUCGUACGUGCAACGCGAGUGGAACGUGCAGGGGGUGUUUGGGUUUUGUGCGCCGGACAAUAUGCGUAGUCGGAGGGUGUUGGAGAAGAGUGGGCUGGAGUUCAGGGGGGUGAGAAAGUUGAGGGUGUUUGGGGGGAGGGAGAGCGCAGUAUUUGCUUUUGUGGGAAUGGAGGAGGAUUUGGGGGUUUAUGGGAUUGAUACAUAG